AUGAAUGACUGUUUGUGUCUGGAUCACAGGAAACACUGUAAGUGUCCUCUUCUUGUCUUUACAGUGAUUUAUGACUCCACCACUUGUCUAUGUCUACUCCGCCUGCUGCUAUUGGCUGAGCUGUUUGUCCAUUCGUCGUCUCGUCCCACCCACAGUUCCUCCCUCUGUGGUUUGUUGGGAUCAAUGAUCCCUCAGGUGGAUAUGCUGAUGAGCAACGCCAAAAAACUCCAUGAGCUGUCAGAAAAUGAACUCUCAAACUUAGCUGCUACGGAGAGCAGACUUCAUGGUCUUCCUAACCUGCAGCACACGGCAGCACAUUUCAACUCACUCAAGGUGAAUGAGUCCCUGUCCCAGCUCUAUGAGUUCAUUCAGUCCAUUAAGCUGCAUGUGGACUGGUUGAAAACAGCAAAAGACAACUUCAGUUUACCCUCCCAGUCAGCUGAGGGCGCCAGCACUCACCUCCUGCAACUGUCCAACCUCAUCAACACGGCUCUCAACCAGAUUGGAGAAGAGGUCCCUCAGUCACCAGCUCCCUCCCUCCCUGUCGCCUCCACAGCCUUCGACGUGCUCCUGUUCUCCGUCGAGCUCUCUGAACGGUCACAGACUUUCUCCAGCUGGUCGAAAAGAGUGUUACGACAUCUCCAGAGAAAAUCCCGCUGCCCCAGACAUUAAGAGGUCGCCUUCAACAGAGAAAGUCUUUCUACAAAACCACUGUUAAUUGAGAUGAUUUUUUUCGUGUUGCGUGGCGCUAGGGGUGAUAGUAUUACUUUGUCAGUAUGUCAGUCCACCACUUAUCUCAACAGCUGUUGGGUGGAUUGCCAUGAAAUUUGGUACAGAUAUUUAUUCCCCCCUUAACGAUGAAUUCUAAUCGUUUUGAUCCUCUGACUUUUCUUGUAGCGCCGCCAUCAGGUCAGAAUUGUAGUUAGUCCAAUACAUUGGUUUAUGAAUGAAUACCUGGGAAGCAGUGGCGAUUGCUCUAAGACUGCAAGGGAAGCUCAGCUUCCCCUAAAAUGUCAACAAAAUAAGUGGUCAAAUAUGUGCUGUUGUGUGAACAUUUCAUUGACUAAAUAUGCGCUAGAACGCGUUUAUCUUUUGUUCAGAAUCAGCUACUUAUCACAGGUAACCGACACGACUUCUUCUCAUUCAUCCCUGCAGCGCCACAGCGCUUUACACAGUGUAGACGCCGAGCGUCUCCUGACUUCAAUGGGGAAGCAAAGAGCGGGUUGUUCCACUGCAGCGAAACUAGACGGUGAUUGGAUAAAUGCUGGGCUUUGUCCCGCCCAUCGGACGCUCAGCGUCUCUGGGGGUCUAUGGGGCAGUGGGCUGGCCCGGACGCUCGGCUUCUGCAUGGUGAUUGGAUGAUCUGUCUGAGGCUGAGUCCCUUUUUGAUUGACAGCGAAAUGAGCGAAUCAGCGAUCUUGAAGUAUAAGCAUCCACCGGAGCAAUUUUCAAGUUUUUCAUUCCGUUGUUCGGAGUUGACCUGGAGACGUUACUGAUCCUCAGCGACUUUGUCUUUGUUAAAAACAACUAGCGUUGUGUUUGGCGACUCUCUUCUGUCACUCUGCGAAUUUACAUUUAAAUAAACUGACACAUUUUAUGAUGUAGGCCGAAAAUGAGCUUCCCCUCCUUAUAAGACCAGCAGCCGCCACUGCUGGGAAGCGAAUGACAAUACCUGCAGCCUCAUCUCCGUGUUUUGUUCUGCUCAGAAAAUGUUAGCAUGCUAAUAUGCUAAACUACGAUGAUGAACACGGUAACCGUUACACCUGCUUACCAUCAGCACGUUGGCAUUUUCAUUGAGGACAUGUUAGCAAGCUGAUGUUAGCAGUUAGCUCAUCGCUGUGCCUAGAUAGAGUCUCUCAGAGCUACUAGCAAAGACUCUCAGUCUUGUUUACACGUGGUGAAGCGUCAGAUGUGGCAGGAACAACGUACUGCAGAGUUGAAACAGUUUUGAUGCAACAAAAGGAAAAUGUUGAGUUCUUGAUACAUGAGCACUUUGGCGCUUUGUUUACACGAUUUCAUCUCUGUGCAGCCAUAUUAGCAUCUGCUCAGCAGUCAAACAGAAUGUAAGUUUAUUGAAUGAAAGAAAGUAUGUGUGUGGUAUUUUCCAUUUGGCCUUUUAAACAGUGUGGUACUAAUGCACUGAGUUGAGGGCACCAGUUACGUUUACUCCCUUUAAGACUGUUUACACUCACAGUGCCUGCUAUGUGUUGAUCUACUCAUGAGCUAAACUACGAGAAAAAGUUGUGGAAAAUUGUUAUUUUUAUACUGACUUUUUUUUUUGUUUGAUUGUUUUUAACUAUUUAGGAUAAUAUUUAUGAUCUUUUUCUAAGUAUGUGAUCGUGUUUAGUGUG